UCUCAAGGUGUGCAUGUAAUGAGGUUACACGUACUCUUCGUGCUACCAGGAGCAUUUCUGAUAUUACUGGAAGUGAAUGUGUUGAACGGAUACACUGUUGUUGAUUAUACAGGGAUUGUGGCUCUCGUUUUCAAAUAUUAUCACUCUAAAUGCAUCAUUCUUUUGUAUUCGCCUACGAAUGUCUAUAUAGAUGGAAGCUUUCAGAGCAUGUGGGUGUUACUGCAACUGCAGAAGUUCCUGUCUGGCCUAGAAGGAGGUUUCCAGGUGUUGUCUGUUCGUAUACAAAGUUACAACCAUGAAAUAAGCGAGUUCCAGUGUCGCAAUAAGACCCCUCCACUGGGCGUUGUACUCACAUCGGAUGCUACAACCCAACGAGAACUCAUGAGACUGUCCCAGAGCCGCACUAUGUCUCAACCUGCCUGGCUUUUAUUCUUAAAUGGCAACACAUCCCUAGAAUAUUUCUUUUAUGACAUCAACAUACCAUUCGACUGCAAGUUUCUUGUGGCACAGCCUCAAGAGAACAGAAUUUUUUUGACUGAAGUUUACAGGAUUGCAGAGGGAAUGUCCUUAAUGACACACUCAUAUGGGUCAUGGGAAUCUAAUAAUGGCACUAUAUGGGCUACAACUAAGCUGUAUGAACGAAGAAAUAAUCUUCAUGGUGUCGGAAUGAAAGGGGUCUCAUUGCAUAAUCCUCCAGUUACAAUAUUAAGGAAAUCAAAAGAUGGAAUAGUAACAGUUGAUGGAUUCUUUGGCAGUGUGUGGUCCAUGUUGGAGAGUAGAUUGAAUUUCUCGACAUCAUUUAGGAGAGCUACUGCUUAUGGUACACUUGUUAAUGGGUCGUGGAAUGGUAUGAUUAAAAUGCUGAGGACUCAGGAGGUGGAUGUAGCGCUUAGUGAGUUCACCAUGACCAAAGAACGUUUGGGAGCUGUGGAAUUCACAUUUCCACUUAUAUUUACAAGGUACUACGUGUUCAUACAGCAGUUGUCACAUGAUGUCCUCUCUUGGGAUGACUUUUUGCAGCCAUUCUCUACGGGCUUAUGGCUCACAGUCUGUGCCUCGGUGCUUGUUCUCGCCUUUCUGCUGUCAACACUCCAUAAUUUAGGUCGUCGCUGUGGUAAUGCAGAAGCUGAUGGUCCCUCAAGAUACAGUCUGUAUGAUUCAUUACACUGUGUCUUCGGUAUAUUUUGCCAACAAGGACAUGACUUCACACCGAAUUCAGGUUCAUGUCGUCUCGUGUACCUGACAGCAUACCUGAUAGCUGUAAUUUUGUUGUCUGCCUACUCUGCAGCUCUAGUCUCAUUCCUCACCAAAAAGAGUGUAGCAAUGCCCUUCAAGGAUCUCCAGGGACUUCUCAAGGAUGGAUCCUACAAACUUGGAGUCAUGGAAAAUUCAGCCGAGUACAGAUUGUUUGAAAAUUCAGUCAAUGUUCACAUGCACGAGGUCUUCAAGAAGCUGAUCCAGAAUGAGCCAAAUUUGCCAUCCUCAGCUGAGGAAGGAGUCAGGCGGAUUUGCUUGGGCAAGUAUGCUUUCAUGACCACAGUCUAUGCAGUCUCCUGGCAACAUGCUGCAUGCAGAGUCAUGGCACUGCCCAGUGAGUCUUUUCCAGCCAGCCUGACAUUUGCUCUUAUCAAGAACAGUCCCUACAAGGGGAUCAUUGACUACAACCUGCAUGAUCUGAGGGAUAAAGGAGUGUUGAAACGCCUACGUGUUCAGUGGUGGAAACCACAGCUGCCUAAAUUGAAAAGUCCCUGGUACACGGUUGACUUUUACAGCAUCACACCCAUUUUGGUUGUCCUGGCUGCAGGUGUCAUAAUGGCAGGUAUCCUCUUGGUACUAGAGAGAAAAUGGCACCAUCAACAUAAACUUCAACAUUGAAAUAAUUCUACCAUAAUAGGAAAUUGGACUACAGAAGAAGCUGUGGUGUUCUUGAUCAGACUUUCUGUUUCAGUCAGUUUGUUAUAGUGACCACUUGGACUGCCCCUAAUGGAAUGCUUGGGCAGGUAAGAUUAACUGGGGUUUGGUAAAACAAAAAUAAAAUAAGGUCUGUAAAGUGUAUGCAAAGGUUUCAUGCGAUUCCAAUAGAGACUGAAUCAGAUACAUUUUCUGUGUUGCUUUAUGGUAUAUAAAAAGGUUAAUUGGUUUCUUAAAAUAUUGUCUGCGGUGUCUGUACAGUCACACUGAGAUAAGAAUGUUUGAGAAUUGGUUGCUGAAGGGAAUAGUCUCAAACCUGAUCAAGUGGUCCCAACAAAUAGGUUCUUUCUCUCUUCUUUAACUUGAUAAUGGAAGCAGAAUCCAGCUUUCAAAAUAUUACAAUAUGUUGGCAGAGUAUUACAUCAGGAGGAGUCCUGCUUCUGUCCACAUUCAUGCACUUAGCACUUUCUGAGAGGCCCAUGACAUAUAGGUACCACCUCAUUGUACAAUGGACAGUUCCCAGGAUACAUUGUUUUCUGCCGAAGACAAUUAGGUCUCUAUAUAGUCUGUCAGAAGGCUUUCUAAUGAAGAGCUUUGACUGCCUCAUGCCUGCUUUAGCAGCUCAGUGUUCAGAGUGCUGUCCUUCAACCACUGCUUAACCUUGAGCCCUCUAACACAUGGUGAGCAUAAUAUUAAUAAAUAAUAGCUUGGAAUUUUAAAACUUCAUUAUAUACAAAUUAUAUUUAUAUGUAAAAAUCAAGUGUAAAAUGUACUUUUUCUACUAUAUCUUGCUUAUUCUGGGAAUUUGUGCACUGACUUGUUCCAAAUCUAAAUUAACUGUAAAUGGAAUGCAUAUGAUUUAUUGCAGCAAUCUUAUACAUUUUGGAGACUCAGAAAGUACAUUUAACAUAAUUCCUGAAACCAUCAAAUAUACAGAUGAAUUUUGUGUUUCAAAUAGACCUCAGUGCAGUGAUUUUUUUAAACAUAUUUGAAAUUUUCUUUGAAAAUUUCUUUUAUGGCUCCUUAUAGGUAUAUCAGGAAUUGAUGAAAGACUCUUGGGUUACAAGCCGCAUCAGGUGGCUGAAUGGAGAAUAAACCAUAUCGUCUAACAAUGUUUCUAGAACAGUCUCUGCUGUCGUCCUCAGUGCUGCUGUGUAACAAGUCUGAUGUUUUGUAGUGUGCUCACCAAUGGGAGCAGAGAUUGCUCUCGAAACGUUGGCAAAAGAUAUGGUUUAUUCACCAUUCAGCCACGUGAUGCAGCUUGUAACCCGAGAGUCUUUCAUCAACUUCAGUUGCCAGAAAGCUUCACUUUAUAUUUCAGGAAUGUUUUAAACAUCUGGAACCUCAUUAACCCUUAACCAAUUAUAUGGGCUUUGUGUAGCACAUACAGUGAUGAGGUCUGAGAGACUUCUCAAGUUUUGAUAGUCCAGUUGAUCCAAUGUACUUUGCAUGCAAAAUAAUUUUAAAUCUAGCAUUACAUGACUUACAACACAUAUAUCUCACAAUUUCUCUUCACAUUUUAAACAUGGUUGUAGGAUUUACACGAAAAUAAACACAAAUUUAGGUACUGGU